CCAUUUCCGCAGACCGAUCCAAACAAACCGAGACCAGCGAAGAGGCGUUGGACUCGGGCAGCAGCGCCGAACACAGCGAGCGCCUCGGAAACCCUAGCCCCACCGCCGCCGCCCCGCGAUGUCUUGCACCGUGGCCAUCCCGAGCUCGCCGGUCUUCUCGCCCUCGCGCCGCCCGCUCUCCUGCAAGGCCGCGUCGGCCUCGCCGGAGCCCGCCGUCGCCGCCUCCCCGGGGCCCGCGUCCGCCGCCGCCCCCGCCGGCUCGCCGCUCCGCCCCUUCGCGCUCCGCGCGCUGCUCCGCGAGGAGCCUUCCCCGUCGUCGUCGCCCCAGCCGGCAUCCGGCGCCGCGGUGGCAUCGGCACCCGCCGGGCCCGUGCUGAAGAGGCGGCGACCGGCGCCGCUCGUGGUGCCGGCCGCCGGCGCGACUGCUGCUGCUGCGGCGGCGGCCGCAGUGGCCGCUGUGGAAGCGGAUCCGAGGAACGAGGUGGAGGAGGAGGGGGAGGAGUUCGCGGCGUACUGCCGUAGGGGGAAGGGGAGGAGAAGGGUGGAAAUGGAGGACCGGCAUGUGGCCAAGGUCGCGCUCGGCGGAGAUCCCCAAGUGGCGUUUUUUGGUGUACUCGAUGGUCACGGCGGGAAGAACGCGGCGGAGUUCGCUGCUGAGAACAUGCCCAAGUUCAUGGCUGAAGAGCUGAAGGUAAACGGCGGAGAGAUCGAAGGAGCGGUGAAGAGGGGCUACCUUAAGACGGAUGAGGAGUUCCUUAAGAGGGACGAGAGCGGGGGAGCGUGCUGCGUCACCGCUGUCCUCCAAAAGGGUGGCCUUGUCGUGUCUAAUGCCGGAGACUGCCGUGCAGUGCUCAGCCGGGCAGGGAAGGCGGAGGCGCUCACCUCUGACCACAGGGCCUCGCGGGAGGAUGAGAAGGAGAGAAUUGAGAAUUUGGGCGGAUUUGUGGUAAAUUACCGCGGAACAUGGCGAGUCCAGGGCUCCUUGGCAGUUUCCAGAGGCAUUGGGGAUGCACACCUGAAGCAGUGGAUCGUGGCUGACCCUGACACCAGGACCCUCCUGGUUGACCAGCAGUGCGAGUUCUUGAUACUUGCUUCUGAUGGCCUCUGGGAUAAGAUUGAUAAUCAGGAGGCCGUGGACCUUGCAAGGCCUCUCUGCACCAAUAAUGACAAGGCCUCUCGCAUGGCUGCCUGCAGGAUGCUCACUGAAACAUCUAUUUCCAGGGGCUCAACUGAUGAUAUCAGCGUUGUGAUCAUACAGUUGCAGAAAUUUACAAGUUCUUGACUAAUUUCUGGGAGAAACUGGAUUUAGACUCUAGCCAGUAGUGCUAACAGACUGGUGGAAGGGGAGGGUAGGUAGACAUCUCACAUGUUACUUCGCAGGCAAUAGUUUUCAUGAGCUUGCGCUACUUUGUGGGGAUUUUAACAUUCAUUCUUUGGCGUAGAACAUUCUUUUUCUUAGAACCUUUCUUUAUGUAUUUAGAUCUAUUUGAUUCAUUCUUUGACAGUACCAUAAUAAUGUGGGGUGAUCCCUCGAUUCAUACUGUAACAAGGCAAUUUGCCUACCUACACUGUUACAUUAUAUUCAUUAAUUAAACUUUUUUUCCAUGUUUCUAAA